UUGACAGCAUGGCGAUGAAAGCGGUUUGUGUGCUCAAAGGCACCGGGGAAGUGACCGGUAACGUGUAUUUCGAGCAGCAGAAUGAAACGUCUCCAGUGAAGCUCUCAGGUAAAAUCACUGGCCUUACUCCAGGAAAGCAUGGUUUCCAUGUCCAUGCUUUUGGAGACAACACAAAUGGUUGCAUCAGUGCAGGUCCACACUUCAACCCUUAUGGUAAAGAUCAUGGUGGACCAACGGAUAGCGACAGACAUGUCGGAGACCUUGGUAACGUGAUCGCUGAUGACAAUGGUGAUGCAAAAAUUGACAUUGAGGAUAAAAUUGUGACCCUGUUAGGGCAACACUCCAUCAUUGGGAGGACCAUGGUGAUCCAUGAGAAGGAGGAUGACUUGGGUAAAGGAGGCAAUGAAGAAAGUCUUAAAACUGGCAACGCUGGAAGUCGCCUGGCCUGUGGAGUUAUAGGCAUCACUCAGUGAAGACCUGCUCUAAUCGAAGAGUUAGCUUUGAAAUAUUGGUGACCAAUGUGAAUCCCCCUUCAUUAGCACUUAGCCCACUGACAGUUGCGUCUCUAUUUUGUUAAUAGAGUAAAAUUAGAGUAAUAGAAUAAAAUAAUAUUUUGUUAUUAUGUUAAUAGUUUAAAUUUAAAGUAAUGUUUAAAGAAUUGUAUUUUAGCCUUGUAAAGCCAUUUUUCUUUCUGCACACGUCUGUGUGGUCACUGUCUGACUUCAUACAGCUACAAAGUGAUGUUCAUUUCCUGUGAUCUCGGCUUUAUUCAAUAAAGAUUGAGCGGUCUGGA